AUGGUAUCUCGGGGAAACAAGUUUGUAUUCGUGCAAACGCUGUUUGAGAAAGGAGAAGAGCCGGAGAAGAGCGCGGGCCGCGAUAGCAGACGGACGCUGGGACGGACCAAGCGGACACGGGUGUCUGUGGCCUGCGACCGGUGCAAGAGACGGAAGAAGCGGUGCGAGGGACUAGAACCAUGCGAAAACUGCAAACUGGCCGACGCCCGGUGCUCGUACUCACGCGCACUUAGGACGCAAAUAAGGAAAAACAGGGAGAAGGAGGACGCAGUUGAUGAACAGGUUCCAACAGAGGCUCUCAUGGUAGACUCCGGUAGCACAUGCGAGCCACAACCCACCUCCCCACCUAACUCAACAAAACACAGCCCGAACGCAGAAUUCGCUCACGCGGACGAGAACGAGGUGCUUGCAGAAGCCCUUCAAAACCGGAUUCUGGCCCUGAAAAAACAAUUUUCUAUGUUGCAAGAGGAGCUCGCAGCUUUGCGGCCACACAAGGCGCGCGCCGAGAAGUGCUCGAGCGACUUCUACAAGUCGAUUCGACUGCUUUUACAUGACACCCAGGACGAGACGUACGCUGGCAGCACAGCCAUUGUGUCCAAAGUGAACUCGAUCAAGAAUUGGAUUCUCUCGAAACUAUACAGGGAGAUGAAAGACUCCCACUCGUUCACCAAACCGCCACCCGACCACGCCAAAAUUAUGCGCAUUCUGGACAGCCGUGCCAGCAGCACGGUGCCGGUAGCCCCCACGGAAGAGCUCGAAACGAUGUUUGUGCAGUACUUCAACCGGCUCAUGGGCCAGCGGUAUUUUUUCUACGAGCCGGAGGAGCUGGAGCAGCUGUUUGAGGUGCAUUUCGGCGGGUCCGAUUCACUUUGUCCCAAAUUCACCAGCCGAGCGCACCAGGACGCCAUUGCAAGCUUGAUUCUCGGCACGGGCUGCCGUCUAGUGAUGAUGUCGAAACAGAUGAAUUUCCUCAACCCGAAGGUUUAUUUCGACCGUGCCAUGGACCUACUCUCCAGCAUAGAGUCAGCACUCAACUCUCUAGACCAGAUCCGUCUCAUCAUGUACAUCUCCCUGUACUUGCUGGUCUCGUACGAUCACAACGUCAAGUUCACAAUGAACAUCUGGGAGCUGUCGGGGCUAGCGAUUCGUAAGAUCACCCAGACAGGCCUGCAUCGCUUCAACAUCCCGGCCGUCGAGACAGCAAAGGAGUACGAAACAAAAAAGCGCAUUUUCUGGUCCGUCUACACGUUCGAGAAGGUGCUAUGCAUGACGCUGGGCCGCCCUGCGUCAAUCUCCGAGGACGAGAUAGAUGUGCCGUACCCGCUCAACAUCGACUCGCUGGCGGAAAUCGACGCCAAGGACCUGUACAAACUGCAGAUCGAGCAGCAGCGGCUGCAAUACCAGCAGCACGACCACCGCAUCACGUAUCCGCAAAAAAUCUCCCGCACAUACUAUCUCAUCCAGAUGUGCCGCGUCCGUGAGCUUGAGCUGCGCAUCGGGAACCUGGAGCAGUCGAUCGCCGUGCCGCUCGCAGCGUCGAUGAUCGACACCGCGCCGCAUAUAGAGCCGCAAUUCAACGCACGCUACCAGAAAAUCGAGACAGAGCUCGAGAACUGGCGCGCCCAGCUCCCGACGGAGUCGGAAUUCCUCGACGGCCUGCGUCGUGAAAUCCCGUUCGAGUACCUGACCCUUUGCUACCACCGGUCGAAAAUGUUUCUGUGUCUCACCAGAAUCAUGCACAGCGUCGACACGGACCACAAGAGCUUCCAUGCGCUUUUGGUUGAGAUUUCUGAGGCAGCAGGCGGUGUUUGCAAGGCGUACAUGGCCAUCACAAAGGACCCGGCAUUUGGCUACGGCAUGUUUAGUUUGCACUCUGUUUUCCUUGUCGGCAUUAUUCUCGCGUACUCGAUUCUCAACCUUGACCACGAGCUGCUUGUCACCUCGCAAAUGUGGAAAUUCCACAAUUAUCUGCGCCACUGCUCGGUGCUGCUCUCACUGUUUGCCGAGCGCACAAAAAAGGCCGCCAGCUUCCGCAUCCUGUUCGACAGACUGCUCGAGGAAGGCAUUUUCCGCACCGCAGCGGGCUCGCCAGAAAUGCCGGCCACUCCGGCCAGUUUCUACUCGCAAACGUUCGAGUCGGGCGACCUCGAGCUGCGGAAUCUGAUGGACAUCUUUAGCUCCAACACAGAAAACCACUGGAACAUCAGCGACGAGGACGAGUUCUGGGAAAAACUAGAUUCUAACCGCUCUCUACAUAAAUAA